AUGGAGGAAUCCAUGAGGACUCACUAAGAGGAGGAAUCAAAGCGUACUGGUAGUAUCAGCAAUAGUAGCUAGCAAAUAUAAUAACAACCUGACUUUUUCGAUUUCAAUGCUAAUAGUGAAAUUUCUUCAUUACAGGAUAAUAGCAACAGUAAUUAGCAUCCCUAAAUUGGAAGCAAUGUUUACCCCCAAAUCGGAAAUAAUCCUUAUCCUUAAAUUGGUGAUUAUGGACAAACCUAGUUAAGAUUCGGUAUGGCCCCUGGAUAGAGUGAAGAGGAUUAUCUACUUGAAUGUAUGAGUAAUGUUUAAAUAAGUUAACAGAAUAAUCAGCCAAACGCCAACAUCAUUAAUAAUAACUAGCCAAAUAAUGGAAACAACAAUAAACCUUCUUAAUAAUCUAUCGAUGAUCUUCUAAAUAUGUGA